ACAUCUUAGUGUGGAACUCAAGCUUUACAAAUAUUCCACCAGUCCACCUUGAUAAAAGGAUAAUUUUCUUUGGCCUUUCUCAAGACAGCAUCUUUAGCCAUGGCCAUCACUUUCAAGCUUAUCGCGGUUUAUACUCUUAUCACGUCCAUCUCGGCUGUCGCUAUCGGGACGCCCGGAAAUGAUCUAACAGCACGCGACUCUGUCACCAUAAUGAUCGCCAAGGGCCACGGAUCUCAUCUGUUUCAAGAGAAGCACAGUGUGGCUGAUUGCGAUGACAAAACGUGUAAUGAAGUAUGCUAUCAGCACGGCGGUUCCCCCGGUAGGAAAUGUGAAGCCCACGGCAGAUGUGUCUGCCGUUAUCCUCAUGGCUUUUCGCUUGAGCAGGAGGUUAUUGGCAAGCCGAGUCGCCACUCUAAGCGAGUCGCCACCCUAAUUAGCUUUUUACGCUUUUAUAGCUAUAUAUCUUAA